GAGGAGUGUAAACAGUACAGGGUGAAACUGAUCCUUACCAGCUUUUAGCACCUGGGUGAAAGAGAGUGGCCCUGAAGCGAAUAACAGAUCCCGAGAGGCAACCAUGGCUGUCCUCAAGAUCCUUCUGCCUCUCAUUGUGGGCCUCUGUGCUUACUAUUUCUAUAGCCAAGAAUCCUUCUCUGCAGAAAUGGUGCGAGGAAAACGUGUCCUGGUGACGGGGUCAAGCACAGGGAUUGGGGAGCAAAUUGCUUAUGAGUUUGCACGGAUGGGGGCCAACGUAGCAGUAACAGCAAGGAGGGAGAAGCAACUCCAGAUGGUGGUCCAAAAGUGUCUGGAAUUGGGAGCCAGCUCUGCAUCAUACAUUGUGUCUGACAUGAGCAAUCUGACCUCUGCCCAAAAAGUCAUUGAGGAAACGAAGAGCAAACUGGGAGGCCUUGACUAUCUAGUACUGAACCAUGUUGGAGGAAAUGUUGGGCUUCAUCUAUUCAGAGGAGACAUGGAAAUCGUGAAGCGCUCCAUGAAUCUCAACUUCUUCAGCUAUGUCCAGCUAACUAUUUCUGCACUAAAUAUGUUACAAGAGUCUGGAGGGAGCAUCAUCGUCAUGUCUUCCAUGGCUGGUCGCAUUAUGUCCCCGUUCACCCUUGAAUACUCUGCCGCCAAAUUUGCAGUAGAAGGCUUCUACAGUGGGCUUCGUACUGAAAUGCGCCUUCGGAAGAUCAAUUUGCCCAUCACAGUUGCUGUCUUAGGGUACAUUAACACAGACAAUGCCAUGAAAGAAGUCAGUAACAAAAUGACCAUGGAACCAAGUUCCAAAGAAGAGUGUGCCAAAGAGGUAGUGAAAGGAGGUGUGUUGAGACGUCGGGAAGUUAUCUAUCCUUACUGGAGCCAGAAAUUUAUCUUAAUACUCAGAGACUUGAUGCCAAACUUGGUGGACCAACUAGUUGGAAAAUCCUACAAACUGGAAAAUAUCUCUUAAAAUGACUUUUUGAUACAUAGCGUGGACCCCCUUAGAAGUGUGCCACUGUCCUGCAGUGUUCUCAGGCUUCCUCUCCACUUCACUCAAAACACAUGUAUGGUUUGUUUCACUUGAUCAUCAUGAGGAUCCAGCCAAAGUGAAAAGCAGAAUCACCAGAAUCCCUGGCAGCACAACAGCUACACUGUCUGGUGUGGUGCUACUCCAGAGCAGGCUAAGUAGGCACAAACCAUGAAGGCAACAGUCAGAAUUAGCAGGAAAGAACUGAGACCACAAUGAAGGUCUUUCUGACAGAGUCCUUUGAAACCCCCUUGACCUAAUGGCUACAGAAUAAUAACAACAACAUUCGAUUUAUAUACCACCUUUAGGACAAAUUAACACCCACUCAGAGCAGUUUACAAAGUGUGUUACUAUUAUCCUCACGACAAUCAUCCUGUGGGUGAUUGAGAAGCUGUGGGUGGGGCUGAGAAGCUGUGACUGAUCCAAGGUCAUCCAACUGGCUUCAAGCAGAGGAGUGGGGAAUCAAACCCGGCUCUCCAGAUUAGAGUCCUGCCACUCUUCUUAACCACUACACCAAACUGGCUCUCAGGUAUGGCAGGACAUGGUUAAGGUGGCUCUGGAAUCUGUCCUGCCCAAUAUAUGAUUAGUCUGCUGUGCCAUGGGGCUUUCUCAGGGCUGGUUUUCAUGUGUUCUAGGCCGUUUCCCUUUGGUACCACCCCUUUCUCCUAUAAUCACACACCCUCUUCUAUUUGGCCAUCCCCUUUGGUGCUACCCUUUUUUCAUUAACCACACCCUUUCCCAUUUCAAUUUGCCUACUCUAGCAAAGAGAAAUCAUACAAAAUUUUGCUUGCUUGGUUGCAUGAAAGCAACACAGAACAUCGCCACCCUGUAGAUGCAGCCGUAGAGUAAGUGCUUGGCUUUCGUUGGAGAAGUGGUUUGGUAUAUUACUGCACUGUACAGAUAAUGUGGAAAAAGAACACACGCUCCUAAAACGGCCAUUUUCACACCGCUUACCGGCCAUGGAACAUCGUGCUAAGCUCCCGGAACAACAGCGCCUUCCUGUUCUCGCGUGAAAUCGCACCAGGAAGACGCUGUCGUUCAGGGAGCUUAGCACAAUGUUCUGUGGCCAGUAAGCAGUGUGAAAACGGCUCAAGUGGGUCCCACAAUGUGAUACGUUCAGUAUGUUUAAAAUUCCACAGGAACAAUCCAAAACAUUUAGGGAGGGAAGAGCCUUUUGUUUCCUUAUCACUUCCAUUCUUAUUCAUAACUUAGAUUCAUAUCUUAAGACACAACUGAGAAAUAAUUUCACUGCUCUUCAUGAUAAAGUUGCUAUUACUUUUCA